AUGAGAAAAAGAGGAAAUAUAAAAAUUUUCGAGCUGGAAGAAAUAAUUUUUAUUUUGCUACAUUGCUUAGAUCAAGACAACAAAUUGAACAGAGAAGUUGUGAACACUCUUAAGACUUAUAUUAUUUAUCAUGAAUGUGAAAUUUUAAAUUAUGUAUUUUCAUUUUUACAAAUUCAAAAAGUUAGUCAUGAAAAUCAGAAAUAUUUGUUAUACUUAAUAUAUGACAUUAUCUAUUAUAGUGUCUAUAAUAGUUUUAGUAAUAUAUUUGAUGAAUAUUUUGAGAACGAUAAAAAAAAUGGCGAUAAAAAAGAUAAUGAAAAGAAAGACGAAAAUAUAAAAAGAAGCAAAAAUGAGAGCAACAAACAGGGAAGAAUAUCCAUGGAAAAUAAUAUUAACAGUUAUAUUACAGAUAUAAAUAUAUUUAAUAACAUUAUAAAAUAUACAUUUUUUGAUGGAGACGAAUAUUGUUUUAUAUACAAUAGUGAGUUUGAGAAUAGUAAUAAUGACCAUGAUAAUAAUUAUGAAACUAUGAAAUUGAAAGACAAAAUUAUUAAUGAAAAUAGUAGUAACUAUAGCGUUCGAAAUAUCCGUAACAUGGGUUCGUUUAACUUUUGUGAUAAUAAAACCAGCUUGAACCUUUUUACACAUAAUAAAAUAUCCUUUUUGAAAUGUGUAAAAAAGGAAAUAUAUAAAAUGCUUUUAGUUAAUAAAAAAAAAUUAGCUAAUGAUAAGCUAGUUAUGUAUUGUACCGAUAAUAUAUACAAUAAGCAGAAUAUAAAAAACUCUGAAAUAAAUAACAUUAUUAAAAAUAUAAUUAAUUUUAUACUUAAUGAAAUGAUAUUUAUAAAAAAGAAUGAUGAAAGACAUGCCAUAAUGACUAAGUUGUUAAUUCUAUGCAUAAUGAAAGAAGAUUAUUAUUUAAAAAAAAAAAUAAUCGAAAAAAUUAAUUACUAUAUUUUGCAAAGUAAAACUGAAACUAAUGGAGAUGAUAAAGAUAAUGGUAAUAGCAAUAGUCUUAGUAACACUCCCCCCAAAAAUAAUAAUAAUAAUAAUUACAGAAUUAAUCCAAAUGUAUACAUAUAUCUAGAUUUAUAUAUAGACAUAUUUAUGCAAGUACCUCACCUUUCUAAAAAUGUUCUUAUUGAUGUAUUUAAAAUUAUAGAACAUUUAGUCCACAAUAAUAGUGAUAAUACUGCUAAUAAUACUAACAAUAGUAGUAACAACAAUAAAAAACAUAUAGAUAUAAUGCAUAAAAUAUUUUUAAAAAUAUUUUACAAUCUUCAUUUUCCUUCCAUUUUAUAUAAUAUAAUUAAUAUGGACGAAAAAUAUAGAAAUCAAAAUUUUAUAAUAUUCCCAAAUAAAAAUAAUGCAAAUGUAUAUAUUGAAAAUAAUGUAAUACAUUUGUCACUUGAAAAUACUAGUGAAGAUACUUGUACAACAUAUACAAGAAAUUCUUCUGUGAAUUCAAGAAUAUGUAAGCAAGUUAGUAGCAGUUAUAUUUUUAACGAUAAUUUAAAUUACAAUCAAUUAUAUCAAGGAAAUAUGAAAAAUAAGGAUAAUAAUAUGAAUAAAAUGAUUAGCAAUAAGAUUAGUGAUGAGGAUAAGGCUAUUCAAAAUGAUGGAGAAUGUAUUGUGAAUUCAAUUGAGAUUGAAGGAGAGAAAGGAGAAAAUGAAACAAAAAAUACAACAAAAAUAAAUGACCCCUCUUCCUCAAAAGAAUCAGAAAACGAAAAUAAGUUGAUAUUGCAAAAUAAUAGUGAAACUUUGGAUAAAAAUAUUAGUAGCCUAAACAGUGAAUCGGUAAAUGAAUUAGACAACGGAAUAAAUAAAUUUAACGGACUGAGGAAUGAUGAAAAGGAAAAUUCAUAUGAAAAAAAAAAUAAGUAUGAAGAUUAUGAUGCAAUACAAAAUAGUGAACUAGUGGGAGGGAUUAAAAGAAAAGGAUCAUCAAUUUCCCAAAGUAAAUAUAGUGAAAGAAUAAAAGCAGAAAGUAAGGAUAUACAUGAUGUAUGUAUAAAAGUAUUAAAUAUAUAUUUAGAUAUAAUAUUGGAUAUAAAAUAUAAUAAUGAAAAUUAUACAAGAAUACUUUAUAUUAUAUCAAAAUUAUGUUUAUAUAUAAAUAAUGAUGAUACUAUAAAAAAUGUCUUAGAAAUAUUUAUAUUUUAUUUCUUUUCAUUUUUCAAUGCUACUAUUAAUAAUAUAUUAAUGCAUGAUAUUUCUAGUAUAUAUAAUAAUGAUUCAAAAAUUCGUAUAAAUUAUAUAGGAUUGAAAGAGUUACCAAAUUUUAAUAUAAUAAAAAGUUUUAGAAUAACUUUACAAAAUUGCUUAUCAAAAAUAGAACACAUAGUAAUGUUUACUAAUCAAGUAUUAACACUAAAUUAUUAUUUUUUAUAUAUAUUAAUUAAUCAGAAUUAUUCUAUUAAUAACCCAAGUGAUAUUAUUAAAAAAAUAACAUCAAACUUAUAUAAGUGGACCUUUAUAGAAAUUAUUGAAAUUUUUAAUAUCUUUAUAGCAUGCAUUUAUACGAAUAAUUCUGUAUUUAAUUUUUUGAAUGAAAAAUUAAAAUCAGACAACAAAAUAGAUAUAAUAUCUUCUUUAUUUAUAUUGAAACAAUACAUUGUAUUGAUAUCAAGCGACUUAAGUAAUCAUAAUAUAAGUUACAUUUCGAAUCAGAAUAUAAAAAAGGAAUACAAUGUAUGCGAUGGGGAUCAAAAUGCUUGGAAACCUAAAGAUUAUUAUCACAGGGAGCAUAAAAAAUGUUUCACAAAUUUAAAUACCUUUAUAAGUGAUAUACAAAAUGUUAAUACAAAUAUAGAAGUUAUUAUCCAAAUAAUUUCAACAAUAUGUGAAAGAUUUAAUAAAGAUUUAAACAUUAUAUAUUUGGUACUUGAAAUUAGCUUAUUUUUGUCUUAUAAUGAAUAUUUCAAUUAUUAUUCAUAUAACCCUAAUGUGAUAUUUGGUUUGCUACCAAAUAUAUAUAGCCCUUUAACUGUUAUGCAUACUAAAAAUAAGAGCAAAAAAAAACUAAUCAUUGACCAUAUUGAAUCAAAAUCAGUUUUCCAAAUCAAGCAAAAUCCCAUUUCAAACAAUGAAAAAGGUACCUUGAAUAAUAUGGAUUUUGAGAAAAACACAAAAAAUCAAGAAAACCAGAUUUACAAUGAAUUUUAUAAACAAAAGAAAAAUAACAUAGAUGAAAAUACCGAACAAAAUGGAAAUAUUGAUGAAUAUAUCGAGAAAAACAAAAAUAAUAAAGAAGAAAACAGUGUAAAUGAAAUAAAGACAUGGGCUGUUAUACCAAACAAAUAUAUAAUAAAUAUAUUUCAGCUCUUUAUAAAUAUAUUGUUAAACGAAGAAGAAUACUCUAAAAUAAAGAGUAGAAAAUAUGGGUAUUCAGUUGAUAAUGGUGAUAUAAUACACAUGCCUCAAAAUGGAAGUAACAAUACUAGUAACCAAUUUUAUAAAAGUGAUAAUACUGUUGAUAAUAAAUGUUUAACAAAUAUAAAUAUCAUUGCGCAUAAUCAAAUGUUUUAUGAUAUAUAUGAUCACUUUUUUAUUUACAUGCAUCCAUCAGUAACUUAUAUAAAAAGACUAAUUUCAGAGGCCUUUCAAUAUAACUUUUCUAUACAUUCAGCACGGGUUUUAUAUCCAUUAUUAUUUGAAUAUUUAAUGAAUAUAAAAAUAAAUUAUAAAAUAGUAAUAAUACUUUUAAAGUGUUUAAAUAUUAUAUGCAUAUCAUUAUAUAAUUAUAUGAGUGUAAAAAAUUUAAGGAUUCAUUCAAAUUUUCAUUUUAAUUUUUUAAUUUUACCAAAUAUGAGCCAAAUUAUGUCAAUUCUAUUUAUGUAUUGCUAUCACGAAAAUUUUAUUAUAUCCUUCUUAAGUUUACAAUUAAUUUCAAUUUUAAGAGUUUUUACACAAAAUACAAGUAUUAAGGAUGCUCAAUCAUUUACCUAUUUUGAUUUAAUGCUUAAUAUUUUGAAAUUGUCUUUCAAAAUAAAUGAUAAAGACAACAUCAAGAAAUUCGAUAGCAUAUUUUCUGAAGAAAAAUACAACAGCAAUAUAUCGAAGGACAUGAAUGGAACUGGAGAUAAUAAGACCAUUCAAAAGACGGAGAAAAAAAGGAAGUACUACAAAAGGCUGAUAAAAUUAUGCUAUAUAAAAGUAGCAAAGAUUAUAAGUAAGAAACUUUUAAAUACAUACCUGAAAUCAUAUUCUUUAAAAUAUGUUAAAAAGAGCACAAACAAAAAGAUAAACAGAAUAAUAUCCAAAUAUUUUAAUUUGGAUGUAGAAUGUAUUGCAAAACUUAUUCAAAGGUAUGAUGUUGAUUACAAUAAUAAUGCGUCAACUAUGAGGGGGUCGAAUUUGAUAAAUGUAAAUACAGAAGUAAAGGAAAAUAUUAACACAAUUUUGUUAGAAAAAUUUGAGUAUAUAAAUAAAAACAUACACAAUAUUAUAAAACUAAGUAGUAAGCUUUUUAAUAGUUAUGUAAAAUUAGAAAUAAAUAGCAUUUUUAAUCCUCAAACGUAUAUAAUACCAUUUUUUUGUAUAUUAAUAGAACAGUUAAAAAUAUUUCAGAAUAAUUUGGAGUUUGAAAAUAAUACCUUGUUUUAUGUUAGCACAUUAAAUAUGAUAUGCAUAAUUUCAAAAUAUUUGCCAAAAAAUUAUACAAACAUAUUGAUAACAAUUUUUUUCAAGCUAAAUCCAGAUGUCUUAGUAAAUGAAAAUGAAAAUUUCCUUUUAUCAUUGUAUUAUAAUUUUUCUUAUAUUUAUAAAACACAUAUUUUUAAUUUAUAUAAAGAAAAAUGCACAACUUUACAUACACAAAAUUGUAUUGAGUCUAUACAUUUAAUAAGAAAGGAUAUUAAUAGUAUAUCUUUAAAAAAAUCUAGUGAUAACCAAAUUGAUUUUAAUAAUUUUAUACUUUUAUCAAAUGCAUAUAGUAGUGACAUAUCCAAACAAAAAAAUAUUGAAAAUGUUCUAAACUUUAUUUACAAAUAUAUAAAGGUUCAUAACGAUAAUAUUAAGAGUGCUUUUGAAUAUUAUAUAGAAGAAAAACAUAAAAAACAGAUGAAUCAUGCUGAGAAAAGAGAGCCCAGUUUGCUUUGUAAGCUUAAAAAUGCGUUAGAUAAAAAAAAUCAGGUAAUACAAAAACUAGUAGACUUAUUAGAAAGUAAAUUAGGAAUGUAUGUUGUUCAAACUGAUAUAAAUUAUUCUAUAGGAAAUCUAUUUAAACAAGAGAUAAUGUCAUAUUAUAUUGAAAAUCUAGUGAAUAAAAAAAAUAUUAUAUGGACAUUAUAUUUAUUAAAUAAUUUAUAUUAUUCAGAUAUUGCUAAUAAAAAAGGUGGUGCAUUUUCCUUAUUCGGAAAAUCAGCAAAUGUUAUACAUUCUGAAAACAUGCGUAAUACAUUAAUUUUAAGUAUGGGAGUGUGUCUGAAAAAAAUAACAAAAACUAUAAAAUUUGAAGAUUUAUAUAAAAUGAAUCAAAUUUAUGUGAAUAAUGAAAUAUUUGCUAUUUAUGUCAAAUGUGUAUAUAAUAACAUUUCAAAAUAUAGUUGCCAUUUUAAAAAAGUUUUUUUCAAUAAAAAGGAGCAAUCUAAAAUAAAUUAUGAUACAAUUGAAAAGGAAAUAAUUAAAAAUAGACAAAAAUAUACAGAGAAAAUGUAUAAAGACGAAAACAAUCAAUAUAUAAAAAGUAAAAAUGAGUUAUUUGCAUUUCUUAGAAAAGAAGAAAAUGCCAAUUAUUUGAACGAUUCUACCAAAUUAAAUUUCAAGGAUGUUAUCCAAAAAUAUGCUUGUAAUGAAAAUUAUUCUUUUUUGAUAUUCCAGAUUUUAGUGGAUCCAAUUAUAAUUGCCCUUUAUCAAGAAAAGGAGCCAUGCUUGCAAAAGGGAUUGUUAAAAUCAUUGAAGAAAAUAGCCAAACAGUUGAAAAAAAUUAAAUGUGUUAAUACACUCAAGGGAAGCUAUAAUAGUAAAGAGAAUAAUAACCUCGAAGAGGAAGAAGAAAAUCAAAACAUACCAGAUUUGAGAGAUGAAAAAGAAAAAGUGUUUUCUAAUUUAUCUCGGGAAGUGAAUAGAAGGCAGGAUAAAUAUAAUUGUGUUUCAUUUUUGGAUACAAAAAAUAAGGAAUGCAUAGUUGAUGAUAUAUGUGAGAAUUAUAUAAAAGAUAAUAACAUAAAUAGUGAUAAAUUUUAUUCUUGUCUAUAUUUAUAUAAAUUUAUCAUAAUAUAUUCAUCAUUAUGCUGCAUAUCAAACAUUUCUAACAAUCCCAUUCCAAUUUCCGGAGACAUAAACAUUUAUAAUGUAGAGAAAUUCGUCAUAUUUUUUAAAAGCCGCAAUGAUUGUAAUAAGGAUAAUAGUGAAAAUACUUUUGAAUUUUCAGAUAAAAGUGAAUACUAUUUUAAAGAAGAAAUUAUUAAAAAUAAUAAAAGUGAAAAUCAAACGAUCAAAAAUGAAGAAAAUUUAAAUGAGAAAAAGGAUGACUCCUUUUAUAUUAGAGAAAUAGAUAAUGUGAAUAAAAAAAUAGAGCAAGAGUCAUUCGAUUCUACACCAACUUUACAAACAAAUAAACAAAAUGGAGUAUCUAGUGACAACAAAUUAUCUGAUCGAAAUAUAAGCAAUGAUUCGUAUGUAAUUCUUUUAAGUUCUUUGAAAACGGUUAAUUACUGUUUGGGUAUAAAACAAUAUCCUCUAAAUACGCAGACAAUAUUCAUCAUUUUUGAUGUACUUGUAAAUUUGAUUUUAAAAAUUGUAUUGGAUCAAAAAGAUAAAAUUCACAAAAAACUGAUGGAAAAUAAAAAUAAGGAAAAUAAAAAUAAGGAAAAUAAAAGUGACGCAGAUAAAAAGACAGCUAAUAAGGGGAAAGCAAAUAAUCAUGACAAACAAUUUGACACUGGUAAAAUACGGAAUAAAGAAAUCGGCAAUAAAAUAGAUAAGCAAGGAUCCAAAAAAUGGGAGAAAGCAAAACGUAAAAAAAAGGGUGAUAAGAAUAAGAUCAAUUUUGUUGAUGACGUAUAUAGUAUUGAAAAAAAAAAUGUUCGUUCAAAAAACAUUGAAAGCAUAUCAAAUGAUGGUUAUGGUGAAGAAAUAUAUGAAAAUAUGAACAAAAACAGAAGCAUAACAAUAAGUAAUGAUAAUAGUUAUAUUAAGAAACCUUAUAUGAAUAGUUCAAAUAAUACGAAUCAUUCAAAGGAUACUGAGGAAAUCGAAAAAAAGACAUCAAAUGUACUUAUAAAUUCAUCUAUUAAUGAAAUAAAGGAUGAGCACAAAAUAAAUAAUAUAAAUGAGCAAAUGAGCUAUCAUUUUUCAAAACGAAUUAUGGAGAAUAAUAUGAAUGGGUCAAUAAUGGCAUAUAAUAAUGAAUACAUAAAAUGGAAUAAACCCAAAGGAAAAACACUAAUAAAUAAUCGAGUGGGAAAAUUGGAAAAAGAAAAAUGGAUUGGAAAAAAUAAUAAAAUAUUUUAUAAUUUUAGUAAAUAUGAAAAAGUAUCUAUGAUGUGCUUAAAUUACAUUAUUUAUAUUCUUGUUAAAACUGCUUCAAAUAUGAACAAUUUCCCCUUUAUAAUUAAACUAAUAAAAUAUAUCCACAAUACAUAUAUAUCGACAAAUAUUGAGGAAGUUAAAUUUGUAGUGUUCAGAGUAAUAACAGAAAUAGUGAUAAAUUCCCCAUUUUUAUCUCAAAAAUGGAAAAUUGAACCUGUAAAUAAUCAUAAAAUAGAAAAAGAAAAAGAAUCCAAUGAAUGUAAAAGCGAUGAAGCUAUGAUGGAUGAUCCAGAUACUAAGGAAUAUAGAAAAGGAAAUUAUUUAUUAAAAAAUGAAGAAAAAAAAGAAAAGCAUAAUAAUGAGACUAUCAAUGACAAUAAUAACAAUGCGGAGGACAAUAAAAGUAUACUAUCUUAUAAUUCGUCUAAUUUUGAAAAAUAUAUUAACUUAGUUUUUACUAAUAAUAAUAACAAUAUAAUACCAUAUGGUAAUUUAAUCGAUUUAAAUAAUUCAGACGAAAAAAGAGAAGAAACAAUUUUAGAAACACAACCAGGAAAUAUAAAAGAAAAUCCAUUAGAUGAUGAUAAAAAUAAUCAGAGCCAUUAUAGUGCCAUGAGUGAGGAUAAUAAUAAAAAACAUGAAAAAGAUAAAUUAAAUGAAACUACAAAAGAUAAAGAUACAUUAGAUAGUUGUGGAGAUUAUAUUUUUGACAUAAGCCCUGAAGUUGUAAAACAGGAUAGCAUAUUAGAUAGCAUUAAUAAUAACUCUCAGAAAGAUGAGAAAACAAAUGUGGAUAAGUUAGAAAAUAUUAAUUUGAACCAAGAUGAAAAGAAAGAGUAUAAAUGUGGGCAAUCAAAUGGAAGAAAUGACCAAAAAAUAUAUUUAUGUGAAUGUUUGGGCUUGUUAAUCCCGUAUAUAAAAGAUAAUGAACAGAUAAUUCGAUAUCUUAGUAUUUAUUCUAUUUGUAUAUUGAUAGGGAAAUUAAAAGGGUUUAAAAUUGUGAAUAAAAAUCAUUUUAUUUAUUUUUUUUUAAACCCAUUGGAUAUGGUUCUAAAUAUGUUACAUAAUUUGGAUAUGGUUAAUAACAGAAGAAAAGGAAAGAAAGCCUAUAUCAAAGGUAAAAUGAUAAAAAAAAAACCAAAGACAAAUUUAAGUAUAUCCCUCGAAAGGACCAAUGAUAUAAAUAAAAACUAUCUGUAUGGCGAUGUAAAUUACGAUAACAAUGGGAACUAUAAUUAUGAACAAGCAAUAAAAGGUUCAAAAAUGCUAAAUCUAGAAAAUAGAAAUGAAAUCCGUUUCUACAGUGACAAUAAAAUUAAUGAAGACUCUAAAAAUAUUUACUAUAAUGAAAAGCUUGCUAAAAGCUGUGCUAUAGGUGAACAAUCUAAUAAAAAUGUGAAUAAUACGCGUGAGGAGCUAUUGAAAUUAUGUAAAAAUAAAAAAUAUUAUUAUAAAAAAAUAAACAAUUUAUACAGCAUUGAAUUUUACAACGAUUUUUGUAAGACUAUCGAAAGGAAAAUGAAAGAAAUAUAUGACGGGAAAUAUCAAAAAAAUAUUGCCAAGAAAUUAAGAAAAAUAUUUGUGCAUAAUAAAAGGAACGAAUUAGACAUAACAAAAAAUUACAAAAAACUUCCUAACAUAAUUAACUAUAUAAUAAAUGAAUAUUUUACAGAAAAAGAGAAGAAAGCAUAUAUAAAUUCCCUUUUCAGUUGUAUUCAUAAUAAAAAUAAAAAUGUAUCAAUUUACGGAAUAAAUUUGCUCAUGUAUAAUAUAUCGAAUAAGAAAAUUGACAAAAAUAGUAUUGAAACGGUUAUGAAUAGAAUAUUCAGUGAGUUGUAUUAUUAUACUAGGGCAAAUGUAUUAAUAAAUGUGAGUAAGAAUAUAACAACAAUAAAGAACAUUAGAAAAAAUAUAAAUGAAAAUGACCCGAAUAAGAAUGGCAACAGUUCCAAUAACUCGAAAGGGCAUACUAAUGAAAAAAAAGAAUUAGAUGAAACUCUAGAAGCAUAUACAAAUAUAUGUUUGGAAAUAAAAAAGAAAGAAGAAAAAAAAAAUAUUUUAGAAAAAUAUUUAUAUAUAAUUUUAUUAAUGUGCAGAAAACAUUUUUAUGUUAUGAUAAAUAAAUUAUGCACAUUACAAUCGAAGUAUAAUUAUGAGCAUAUAUAUUUUAUAUAUAUGAUAUGCAAUAAUGAAAUAUUAUUAUAUAAAACCUUAGAUUAUUUAUUUUAUAUUUUGAAUAAUUUGAAUAUACUCAAGCUAAAUAACAAUUUAAGCAAUAUAAUGUCUCUACUAUUUCAUAUACUUAAAUUUAGAAAUAAAUUUAUAAAAAAAUAUACACAGAAAUAUUAUGUAGAAUUAUUUUUAAUAGUCUUUUAUGUUCUCGGUGUUAAACAACUAACUCAUAUAAAAACUAGUCAAGAAGUUGUUAAAAACGAGGGAUUAGGAAAUAACAAAUAUAAUAGUAAUUUCAAUAGAAAUGGUAGUGUAAUUUAUAAUAAUUUGAAUAUCAAAUCAGUACUUGAAAAUUUCAGUCUAGACAAAACGAAUGUCUUGGGAAAUUACAUAAAAAUGGUGUCUUCUAGUGUUGAAAAUGAUAAUAAUAAUGAACAAUUUGAAAAACAAAAUUUUGAUGAAAAUAAAAAAAAUUAUUAUAAUGGUAUUGGAAGUGAAACAAAUGAUGAUAAAGAACCACGGGAAGGAAAUAACGAAAAUAUUGAUUAUAUGAACAAGAUUGAAGAAAAGACAUCUUCAGAGUAUGAUAUGGGAGACAAUAAUAAUGAUAUAGAACGAAUACAAAUAGGUAUACAAAACAGUGAAUGCCCAAAAGACCGUAUUUUUGAAGAUAAAUUAACUAGUUCUCAUUUUUUUAUAAAACGGCAUGAUGAAUUUAAAUUUACAAAUAUGAAAAAAAUAUCAAAAGAAGAGUACAAUAAAAAGAUAUACAAAAAUUAUACUUGUAGUAUAAGUGUAAAUAAUAGUUUGAAUUGCUUAAAUAUAAUAAAAGAAAUUUUAAAAUUAAAUAAAAAGAAAAAAAUAUUAAAUUAUUACAAAAAUAAUAAUUUCGAAAAAUUAUUAUAUUAUAAACAUUCAUUUGAAAGUGGAUUAAUAAAAUAUAUAUAUGUAUUUUUAAAAAAUAAUAAUGAUUGUUCAAAAGUAUUUAAUUUCUUAAAUUUUUUCAUAAAAAGUAAUAAUAUAAAUUAUAUAAUAAUUUCCUUGAUCAUAUUGUCCCAGCUUCCUUUGUGUGUAUUUACAGUGAAGGAUAGAAGAGAUGUUUCUGCCAAUACUUCAGAAAGUUCAUCGACAGUUAGCAACUUGGCAAAAAAUCUAAAAAUAAUAAAGCCAAUGGUUUCUGUGUUGUAUUAUAUCAGUUGUAAAUAUAAAAACAGCUAUGUUACAAAAUAUUUGCACAUAUCAUUUAAGAACUUAUUUAUAAUAUUUAAAGAUGUAAUUAAUUAUCAAAAAAAUAAUAACAUGGAAAUAUUCUCUCUAUGUAUAAACGAAAAAUAUGCUUUAAACAUAUUGAACUCUUUAUUUAUUAAUUUAUUCAAUAAUGAUAAAAAUAGUAUUAAGAAUGCUUUAAAGGCUUUCAAAGAGGCAUGUAAGUAUGAAAGCAAAUGUUGGCCAUCAAAUGCAUGCGCUUCAUUUAUAAAUACCUUAUGUAACCCGAAUAUAAUUUUUAUAUAUUUGAAUAGUAAUGAAACUAUGGAAAAAAUAUAUAUAUGCAAGAUAUUAUGUGAGGUUUUUAAAACGAUGAGGCGCGAAAAGGAAAAUAUAAUCAGAAAAAAAAAUGAACAACAGUCUUUUGGUGAAAUAAAAUCGCAUUAUAACUCUAUAUCCAAUUUAAAAAAAAAACACAUUUAUGAAAUUGCAACAUAUUUAAUGAUACAUUUAGUGGAUAAAAGAAAAAAAGUUUCCUUAAAUGUUUGGUUAGCUCUAAAGGAAUUGAUAAAAUUUAAAUUCUCUGAUCAUGUAAACCCGACUUUACACUUUUUUUAUUAUAAAAUGUUUGUAUCGGAUGAAGAAAAGGAUGCUUUUGAAAAAAAUGAUUAUUCUACUAAAAAAAAAAGGAAACAUACGAAAAAAAGAAAGGAUCAAAAAAGAGAUGCUCACAUCAAUAUUACCAACAAUACGAAUACAUAUACAUUUGCACAAAAGUACAAUCAUAAUGAUGAUGAUCAAAUAAAGGAUAUGAAUAUGAUAUAUUAUGACGAAAAAAAACACAUACCUGGUCAUAAGACAGAACCAGGUGAUACUAUAAAUAAUCCACCAUGUGAACAUUUUUUAAAAAAAGAAAAAAGAAAUAAGAAAAAGUUGAGCAUAGGAAAACGAGGGUGCAAUUACACAUAUCCAUCCAUUAUAAUAACUGAGGAAGUAGAUCAAAAUGCCAACUUAAAAAAUAAAAACUUACUUCCUUAUAACACUGAUAAAGUUAGCAAUGCAACUGAAAAAAAAUUGCAUAUAAGCAAUAAUAAAACAAAUAAAAUUAAGAAAAAUAAGACACGAAAGAUAACAAAAAAACAAGCAUACAUCACUACAAGCAACAGUGAUCAUGAUGAGAUAAAUAAAAUGAAUAAACAAAUAGACAAUAGUGAAUCAGAAAAUACGUGCAAUAAUAGGAUACAAAAAAUUAAUAUGUAUUAUUACAAAUUAUUCAUUGAAAUAUUUAUACCCCUUAUAAUAUGCAUAGAUACAAAAAUAUCAUAUCGAAAAAAUUUAUUCGUGAGUAUAUAUAAGUAUUUGACUGAGAAAAAAUAUGAAGAAAAGCAUGCUCAAAAUAAUUCAUUGUUUCAAAUUUGUGAUAAUACUGAAUUAUAUAAUAUAUUUUUUAGUGAAAUAAAAUUAAACAUAAAAAAUAUAAACAGCAUAUAUCGAGCUUAUAUAAUUUUACUAAAUAGUAGAAAAUGCUUUCAUAAAAAAUUAUGGAAUAUUAAUAUGCCAAUAAGUGAAGACGUAAUGAAUAUGAUAAAGGAGUACAACUCAAAAAGUACAAAACAUAGAGCAGAGUAUGUAUUAUUUGGCGAUUUAAAAAAUUAUAUAUAUGCACAAAAAAUGAAAGGUGAGCAAAGUGAUAAUAACAAAGAUGAUAGCAGCGAAAAAAGCAAAAAUAAUAUAAUAUCCAAAGAUUUUACCGCAUCUAUAACAAAUUCAAUAAUAAACACAUUUUCUGAGACCUUUAAUUAUUCAUAUGAUAGUUUUUUUGGGAACAACGAUAGUUUAAGUAAAUCAAGUAGUGCAGAUAUUUCUAAAAAUUACAAAAGUAUAAUAGGUGAUAAUCAGAGGGAGCUCCAAAAUUAUUUAAGUCAAGAUGAAGAUAAUGCCAAUGAAUAUAAUAAUGAAAAGUCUGAAUCACUUCAUAAUAAUAUUAUAAUAAAUAAUGAUCGUAAAAACGAUGAACUACAUAUUUAUGAACAAAAUGAAGACGGAGAAAAGCAAAUAGAACAAAAUUCAUAUACUUUAAAAAAUAGCGAGGAAAAACAAAAUUCCAACAUAAAUGAAAAUUUGAAUUCUACAAAUAAAAAGAAGGAAACAAAUAACAGCAAUAUUCGAAAUAGUUGCAGUAGUGAACAAAAUAAUGGUAUCACUUUUGAGUCACAACUUAAGGGAAAUUUGAAAAAAUAUCUUACAUCCUUUAAUAAAAAUAUUGGAAACAGAGAAAAUUACUGUAUUUAUAUAUCUAGCAGUGAUGAAGAGGACGAAAUAGAAAAAAAUCUCCCGAUAAACUCUGAGAUGGCAAAAAGAGAAGAUGCUACAACAACAACAGUCAAUGAAGAUGGUUCUAAAAGAAAGGAGCGGGUACCAAUAAAAAAAAAAGAUGCUUUAAUAAAUUACUACGGAAAUGUGAACUAUUUAAAAAGGAAGUUUAAAAAACUGGAACAACUAAAUAAGUGUUAUAAUUUUAUUAAUCAAUUUAAAAGUAUACAAAGUUUAAAUAUAAAUGACAAUUUACUGCACUGGAUAGAAAUAUUGAAAUUCUUAAAAGAAGAUCCUCCACAAGUUAUAUUAUCAAAAGAUAAUAAAUUUGUUGAGAAUUUUGAUUUUUUUGAAUCAUCACUUGUCUGUUCUUUAACUGUUAUAAAAUUAGUGUCUUUAACAUUAAAUAUUAGAAAGUUGCAUAAAAUUGUUCGAAAUAGUAUGGUGAUUGAUUCAGAAACUUAUCAGAACAAUGCUGGAGGUGAAUCAAAUAGCCACCUUAACAGAGACAAACCAGUAGGGGAUGAAAAUACGUAUGAACAUAAAAUAAUGGAAGAAAUGUAUUAUAUGCACUUAUUAUAUAUAUCAACAAAGCUAGAAGCUCUAUCAUCGACAAUUACUAAACAGUUAUGCACAUAUUUGCAAGGGGAUAAAACGGACCUUCACUUUCCCAUAAUUAAGUCAUUGUCAAUUCUUUCUAUUUUGAAACCGUAUUCCUAA